AUGGGAAACUGCAUAUGUGUAACAAACAAAACUACCGGAGACUCAUUAGUUAACAAGAGUCGAAGAAGAAGAACAUCCACCGUGUGCCACGACUGCGACGACGACGGAGAGAAACUCCUCGGAGAAACAGUGACGUCAUCCAGUUCGUCAUCUUCGUCUUCAUGUGUGAAAAGAGAGAUUAAGAUAAGGAUGACUAAGAAGGAGCUUGAAAAUCUUAUAAGAAAUAUUGAUUUGAAGAGUUUGACGGCGGAAGAAAUUCUUUCUAAGUUACUAGUUGACGGUGGAGAUAAAAUCGGAUUCGCCGUCGAUUUAUCAGAUUAUCAUCAAAGGCCGUGGAGACCGGCGUUACAGAGCAUCCCGGAGAUGGAUUAA